AUGGUGCUGGACUUCCAGUGGCUGCGAAGCAUCUUGGCAAGCGCCACAUGGGCUCAAGUGAGUGCCUUGGUCUCAGCCGGUGUGGUUGGCCAGCUGCUGUGGAGUCACUAUGGCAUUCUCCUGAACCGGAGGCUUCCUCCGCAUGACUUGGGCGCCCCGCUGCGGGGCCACACCCUGGAGAUCUUCAAGCAGUCCUUCGACGCGUGGGCGGCGCGGAUGAUGGCAGGAAGGAAGGUGCUGCUGUCGCACUACUUCUCCUCUCAUGUCAUCCUUGUCCGGCAUGAGGUCUACAUGGAGCACAUCAACCGUGCCGAGAGGAACGGGAAGCUCUGUCCACUCCUGCCGCCCAGCGUCCAGCGCCUGAACGGGGAGCACAGCGUGAUCAACCUGCCGGGAGGGAAAGGCCAUCAGAAGCACCAUCGCCUCCGCCAGAAGAUUCUUUCAAGCUUGGGGCCGAAGUACGUCCUGAGCCUGAUUCUAGGAUGCCCAGUGGUGCCCUUAUUCCCUUUUUGGUAG